AUGAAGUGCGCGCAAAGAACCAGCGUUUGGGAUGUAUUGGAUGUUUGGAUACAUCUCUUAGAGAGAGUUAGAGAUCCGAUGGAUAUCCUCACAUCGAAUGAAGUGCCGUACGAUUGGCCAGAAUAUUGUCGGCCAACAGCCCAUCCGUGUCGAGUCUCCAAAAUGGCUUUUGUCUCCAAUUGUGGAUCCAUUGGCUCGGCCUCUAUCGCAAGCCGACAACUGGUCCCCAUCUCUACUAAUACAUCACAUCUCUCGAUGGCUGACAGUUAA